AACUGUUCUUUGUGAAUUCUUCAACUUAAAAGAAGAAGAAAUAUUGUGUUUGCUUCGCAAAGUAAAAAUAAGUUUAAUAAAGUUAGAAAUUCGCACAUUUUUUACCAAUAAAAAAACACAAUGAGUUUUCAAUUACCUGGAACAAAUACCCCUGCAACUGGUGGCUUCUCCUUUGGGGCACCCAACACUUCAGCAACAGCAGCACAACCCGCUGCAGCUGCUGCCAAACCGGGUGGUUUCUCAUUUGGCGCCACAGGCGGUGGUGAUGCUGGGUCCAAACCUUUAGGAUUUGGGUUUGGAGCAACUGCUACUCCGGCCGCUAGCACAUCAGCACCGGCGGCUGCCACCGCUACACCAACAUUCGGUUUAGGCGGUGGUGCUGCUACUACAGGUUUUGGAUUUGGAGCUGCAACAUCAGCCGCAGCUACCACUACUACAGCGGCUGCCCAACCAGCUGCCCCCUCAUUCGGUUUAACAUCCACAGCUACUUCACAGUCUGGUGGUACGAGUUUUGGUUUUGGUGCCACAACACCAGCGGCAACAUCUGCCUCUGCUGCCGCUACAGCUGCUACUACUAGUACAACAUCAGCUGCGGCAACUUCUGCAGCUCCCUUGGCUAGCGGUUUUUCAGCUUUUGCAGCGCCAGCAGCAACUACCUCUACGGCAGCAGUAACCUCGUCAGCAACAUCAUCAUUGACCGUUCCAGCAUCUUCGGCAGCCACAACAACAGCCCCGGCCACCACAGGUUUUGCUAGUUUAACAACCGCAACAAAAACUACAGAUUCCUCCUCAAUGCCACCGAACGCCUCCCAAUUGUCCUACAACCAGCUAGAGGAACACAUUAACAAAUGGACCCUGGAAUUAGAGGAUCAAGAAAAAGUAUUUACCGAUCAGGCCACCCAAAUAAAUGCCUGGGAUAAAAUUCUCAUUAGCAACAAUCAAAAAAUUCUCGAUUUAAAUGAUGCCGUACAAAAGGUGAAAUCCGAUCAACAGACUUUGGAGCAAGAACUUGAGUUUAUAGCCACACAACACAAGGAAUUGGAGGAAAGUAUUAUGCCGUUACAAAAAGAAUUCAUGAAAAUACCACAGGUAGAUGUCGAACGUUCCCAGACCUAUUUAAUGGUAGAGAAUCUAGAUACACAAUUGAAACAAAUGUCCGAGGAUCUUAAGGAGAUUAUUGAUAAUUUGAAUGAAUCGAAUAAAUGCCAGGAUAACUCGGAUCCCAUUAUACAAAUAGGCAAAAUUCUCAAUGCUCACAUGAGUUCAUUGCAAUGGAUUGAACAGAGUACAUCUUCCAUUGGCAAUAAAUUGGAAGAUAUAACAAAAAUGCAUGAAACCUUUAAAAGGGACUCGGAAAGAUCUUUUCGAUCGGCUUAUUAUAAUUAAGUAAAUGUUAAUAUGAAAUCAAAUGUUUUUUGUGAAGAACUUUUUAAUUUUAUUAAAAUAAAAUAUAUUUUCUUUAA